GAGAGAGAAAAAACAGAACCCUUCCCACUCUCCUAAAAUCACGGGGAGUGACUGUGACAGGAGGAAGGGGACAGAGAGAGAGAGAGAGAGAGAGAGAGAGAGAGAGAGAGAGAGCUGAAGAAGCCCUCGCAGGAUUUCACCACAUUUCUUUCAGGACCGCACAGACAGGAACAGACCACAAUCCGAUCACUAAACCUGGACUGAUAAUCAAUAGCUUUUAUUAGUCGCGGAGUGAGGACUGUUGUGGGAGACUCUUGGAGGAGCAUGCGGCUCGGUUUACUAUUCAGGCUCUAUGUCCUGUGGGGUUUUGUGGUGGUCACGACCUCCGUGACCAAGGCAGCCAAGAGGAAGGUGGCAGGCAGACAGUCCAGACAGGUGUUUGAGGCGGAGCCUGUGGAGGGGGUGUGGUCUGUGUGGGUGGAGUGGUCUGACUGCUCGCAGACCUGCGGUGUAGGCGUGUCACAGAGGAGCAGGAAGUGUUUACCUCCCCCACCUCCCCUCUCCCACUCUCCACCUAACUGGGCAGGUUAUUUGCCUGGGGGCAUCGGCGGUCCUGUCAUCUCACCUGUGCGCCCCUUCUAUCCUCCUCGUUACCCCGGGCAACACCAGCCUCAUCACUCCCUGUCCGCCUCCGACAAUCACAACCAAGGGGUGUCUCUGUAUCGGAAUAACAACCCCGGGGGAGGAGGAGCUCCGGUACCAGGACAGGCCAAUCCAAACCCUCCUUUUUACCAGCCGGAAUUCUCCCCAUCCAAUCAAGACCAUGCUCCUGUGUACCGAUCGCCCUACCACGCUCCCUCUCACGGCUACAACCAGCCAGCACGCAUGAUUAGGAGGCCGACCAAUCCAGCCGCAUCGAGGUCUGCAGGAGGCGGGAGCAGAAGGUCGACCGCCCCAAAUCGUGAAGGUUUGCCUGCGAGGAGGUCUUCCGCCAUCCGUCCAGGUCAGUUUGGGUACGGCAGGGUCCCGUUCUCUCUGCCUCUGCACCGUCCCAACCGGCAGGCCCGCCACACUGUUAACGGCACUGAUGCUGAAACAUCACCUGUGCCCAAUGAAGACGAUGCAGAGAACAACGGGAAGGAGGACGAGGAGACAGCGAGUGAUAGAGAGGACAGGAAGCGGGGGAAGCGUGAGGAGGAGGUCUCUGAAGACCUUGCUGCUGAGGAGGAUCCCACCACAACUGGCAACCCACAGCGCCAUGUUGACCGACCCCCACAAACCAAUACAGACCACGGGAGGGCAAGAGAGCGAGUCCCACUUUCUCACUUCUUCUCACGCUCCUCAUCAACAUCUCUCCUACCCAACCGCCACAGGUUUGACUGGCACUCCGUCACCGCGCCGCCUCCUCCCAUCCCUCCUCUCUCCCGCCCCAACUUCCCUGCGGUCGUGUCAUCCUUUUCCUCUCCUCUCCAUCGCUCCAGCCCCAACCACAGAGACAGGGAGCUCCAACCAGGCUUUAGCCCCCACGUCCCACCCACCGGCGACAUCUACCCGCUGCAGCACCCCCACAUCCCGCACCUGGGAGUGGAAUCAGGCAGAGAGGGAGGAAGGGUUGCUCCUCAGGUCUUCCGAUGCUCUGGGCCGGAGAAGGAGUACCGCAGGUGCUUCUCACAGGUGUGUGGAGGAGCUUCGUUGGGCUCCAGAGAAGAGCAGUGUGCUGCCUUUAACACCCAGGAGUUCAUGGGUCGCCUCUACAACUGGGAACCUUUCACUGAGGUUGGUGCGGACAAACAGUGCGAGCUGACCUGCAGACCUGCGGGCUAUCGUUUCUAUGUCCGCCAGGCCGAGCGUGUCACAGACGGGACCCCCUGCUUCAACGUCAGCUCCAACGAUGUGUGUGUAGAGGGGCAAUGUCUGACGGAGGGUUGCGAUGGGGUACUGGGCUCCAGCUCUGUGAUUGACAAGUGUGGAGUGUGUGGUGGGCGGGAGAGCUCCUGUCGGAAGGUGACGGGAAGUUUACAAAAUGUCACGGUUCCCCUUGGUUACCACAAGAUCCUGGACAUUCCGCCCGGAGCUACGUUCAUUGACAUCACAGAAAGGCGAGCCAGCCCUAAUUACCUGGCCAUGAGGAGUGGCACGGGGGCUUCAGUGGUGAAUGGGCGGUGGGCUGUGGACCCUCCUGGGGAGUACCAGGCAGGAGGGACUACCUUCACCUACACCCGACCUAGAGCACAGGCAGAGGGGGAGGAAGAGAAGGGCGAGUCCCUCAGGGCUCCGGGACCAACCACCACACAGCUACAGCUAUAUAUCAUUUUCCACAAGGAGAACCCGGGCAUCAACUAUGAGUUUUAUGUCCCCGUGGAGAAAAAGGAGCAAGAGAGGGAGAGGCUGACUGCGAGGGAGAAAGAGAGGGAGGCACCCAGAGAGAGGCAGAGGGAGCGAGAGCCAGCGAGGGCACCCCUUCGCAGUCCUCUCACUGUGUCAGUAGAAGACCCUCCUGCUCCUCCCCCCAUUUCGGUCCCUUCUUUCCCCUCCUCCUCCUCCUCCACCUCUGUGUUUUCUCCCCCCUCCUCAGACCGAUUGGCACCUGAGAGGUCACGUCCUCGGGGCUCUGCACCCAAUAGGAAUGCUCGGAUCCCCCCUCGCACUGACCUGCCACUGGACACUCAGUCACCAUUUGUGUGGAGGAGAGGAGGGCUCAUAGAGUGCUCUGCUUCUUGUGGCAAAGGUUUUCAGAACAGAGUCAUUCUGUGUAUAAACCGCCAUACAGACGACGAAGUCCCGGAGAGGAAGUGUGACUCUGCAACCAAGCCAGUUCCUGAGGAGGAGCCUUGUAACACACAUCCCUGCCCACCAUUCUGGGAGGCCAGUUCAUGGUCAGAGUGCAGUGUGUCCUGUGGCCCCGGGGUGCAGCAGAGGCAGCUCCAGUGCAGGCAGAGCUUUGGGAACCGCUCCACCAUGGUCCACCCGCAGCGCUGUGCCAACCUCACCCCACUAGAGUCCACGCAGGAGUGUCAGAUCGGCCUCUGCUCCCAUUGGGAGGUCCGCUCCGACUGGAGCACGUGCUCAGUGGACUGUGGAGUUGGGAGGAGGACAAGGAGUGUGCACUGCCUCAGCGAUCAGGGCAGCGUGGUGAACGAAAAAGAGUGCAACUCCGGGGCUCGCCCACAAGGAAGUGAGGAGUGCAACAUGGGCCCCUGUGUAACCAACUGGUACUUCACAGUCUGGUCCAACACUUGUUCGGCGCAGUGUGGCCCUGGGGUGCAUAGGAGGGAGGUGGUGUGUCUGACUCGAGCAGGGGUCAGAGAGGGUGGAGGAGGAGGGGACUGUGUUGGGGACAAACCGGCAGAGAUGAAGGCCUGCAAUGGGGGUCCCUGUUUGCCAACAACUAUGUGGUACAGCAGCCCCUGGACACAGUGUAAUGUCCUAUGUGGGAAUGGAAGUCAGCGACGAGACAUCAUUUGUGUCCAGAAGUUGGGGAAUGAUUUUACGGUCGCACCAGCCCAUGAGUGCGCUCAUCUGGAGAAACCUGCCGCGGUCCAGGAGUGUGAGAUGGGAGAGUGUGAGCCACAGUGGUUCACAACAGAGUGGAGCGCGUGCUCACGUUCUUGUGGAAAAGGCUUACAAAUGAGGGAGGUACGGUGUCUGGCACCAGACAAAAAGCACACCCAUGAAUGUGAUUUGAGCACCAAACCUGAACAGGAGCAAAUCUGCAACACAAUACCCUGCAGUCCACAAGUCGCAGAUGAAAACUGCCGGGACAGACGUCACAACUGUGUGGUGGUGGUUCAGGCCAGGAUGUGCGUCUACUCCUAUUACAAGAGCGCCUGCUGUGCCUCGUGUACCCAGAGUGCUCAGCGUGCCAAGAGGCACUGACCAGCCAAUCACACAGACAGCCCAGGUGCGCAAGAAGUCAAGGAUUAGGUCAAAAGAGCUGACCCCCCCCCCCCCCCCCGAAAUAAAAAGUCUGUUGAUAUGGAAAGCCCAGAGUAGACAUAAACCUUGUGGUGGCCGUGAGAUAACAUUUUGCUAAUUCCUCCUGAUUCUUCAGGUAAAACACUGUGAAAGCAGCCGGUUCCUUUUUCCAGUUCUCUGUAUUCCAUGAGUUUGUCUGUUAGAACCACAUAUUCCACUGAGAGCGCAUCUGUUUACUCGUUACGUUAGCUUUAACAGCUUCAUAAUGUGUCACACAGGGCUGAGUGAUGCAUUGUUGUGAUUAUCUUAGGCUGAUAGAUUAUAAUGGAAGAUGACACCUCUGUGUUCCAACAGCAAAUUUAGCCUUUUUUAAUGAUUAUUUUUAAUCUACAGCAAUUUAAAACAAUGCAAACCACUAAUUAUGAAAAGAGACAUGCUGAACAAAUAAUUACCAUUUGUGCUAGAUACACUGUGUAUGGAAGAUCUACUGGAAUAGUGUCUCUCUACACUGCAGACCCCCAACUAAGCUAGAAGGACUUCAUUAACAUAUCGUAUGUCUUUUUCUGUUUGCCAAAAAAUAUUUUCUCAAGCGUCCUCUUAUUGUUCAGUUCAGUAUUUGGACGGACGAACCAAAGGAGUGGGGUGACCAUUGCAGUUAGUGACCAAAUAUAUCAGAGCAGGAAGAUGUGAGAAUCUUCCCAAACAAGUAGGGUAAUUAGACAUGGAUGGUAAACAAGCAGCACAGACUGUGUGAAGUCCUUCGCCGUAUCCAUGCCAGUUACAGAUAUAUCUUUUUAAUGAGUGUUUUUGGAGCUGUGUUUAAAUUCACAGGUUUGAAGACUCAUAGCUGCAGUUAUGUUCUUACUAAAGUCAGCACGAUGCUGCUCACUAAAUAGACAAAACAAUAAAGUGUUCUCCUAUACUUUUCUUCUUGUCAACAAAUCCCAUGAAAAGACCAAACCAGCAAUGUGUUAGUCUGAUGAUGUACAUUUUUGGCUCACAAAUAUAUAGUUUCUUUUUUUCAGGGUCAGUCAUUUUCUAAUUUAGCUGGGAUAAACAAGAGAAGAGGUUUAUUUUUUGGGGACUGUUUUCCGCUAACACACGUCAGUAUUCAUGCCACCAGGAUCAAAAUCUAAAAAUGUCCUCCAGUGCAUAUGUGUGGCUCAUUUAUACGUUUUAAUCGUAGUCGUUUAAAUGUCACAGGGAUUUGUGGGAUUUAUUGACAAAAAGCAAAAUAUAGAAUAUUUCCUUUAACUACAAACUUGGUGACGGACAAAUCUGAAGAUGUAAAACGAUUCACUAAUUUCGCAUUUUAGUGAUAGCACCAUGAGGAUUGUGUGGAGGUAUGAAACUUCUUCAUGUCCUCGAAAGGUAUUCAUGAAGUAUUCAUAAAUUCUAAGGGCUGGACGAACAAGCAUGUAAAAUACAGUACGUUUAAAAAGAAUAGAGUGCACACUACAUAAUGCUUCAAUGAACAUUUAAUUGACAGUGGUAAUCAAUUAGCUGUUCACGGGAGCAUUAUCUAGUGUGAAGACUCUAUUUCUUCCGUCUUUUACAUUUUUUUAUGUCCUCGCUCUUUUCUCACCUCAUCUCAUUAUCUUCUCUUCUUGCAUCUGUUGUCACCUUCAUGGGAGGAGACAAUGAAUCUAUCCUUUGAGAGUAGGUGAAGCCAUAAUUAGAAAAACCUCGUGUUGACUGAGAAAGCUGCUUUCUUACAAGAGUCUUUUAAUGAGUUAGUUUAUGAUACAGAUCAAAUGCCAUCAUUCUGCUUUGACCUGGAAGUAAAUAUUUUUGCAUUCUGAGGCGGCAACCUCUGUAUGUGUGUGUAGGUACUCGUUAUGCCUUUUCUCUCUUUCUCUUAUAUCGACUGUUUUUACUUGGCUCUUUUUCUCUUCCUACACCUCCCAAGAAGACAUACACACACAUUACACCCUGCCCACUCAAAGGUGAGGAGUCUUCAUAUUUGUCAGAUAUGUUUUAAUGUCUAUAUUUGUUUUGGAACAUAGUAAGCGCUUGUGUUUUAUAGAGAAGUGUUGUUGUAGACUGCAUUUAAUCACAUCUAACUGUCGUAUAACUAUUUUGCAUUUGACAAGAGAAUCUGUGACUUUAUCGUACGUGUGAGUUUUGGAUGUUUGUGUGUGUUUGUGUGUGUGUGUGUGUGUGUGUGUCUGUGUCUUCAUGUAUGUGUGUAUAUGGUUGCGUGUUUUGCGAUCGUGGCUUUGAAUGUGUCAUUCUUGUCUCUAAUCCCUUGUAGUAAAAAUUACUUUUUAUAUAAAAACAAAAAAAGGAUAGUAAUUUAUCUAUUAUCGAAAGAACAUGUAAUUUAUUUUCUUGUUUUAAGAAGCUGUAGCAAAAUGUUUUUGUUACCACCAGAGUAUAUAAGAUUGUUAUUGUUGAUACACAGAUGUUUUUUUUUUAUCAUGCAAAAACAAAACAAAGUGUGUAAAGAUUAUUAUGUCAAAGCUUCAUUUUAAAUAAAACAACACAGAAAUGAA